AUGUUUCAGGCCGUGGGAGAAUACAUCGGAAAAUACAUUGCUCAAAGAAUCAAUGACUUCGAGCCAACCCCCGAGAAACCAUUUGUUCUUGGACUUCCAACCGGCUCAAGUCCGAUACCGACAUACAAAUACUUGAUUAAGCUGGUCAAGGAGGGGAAACUUAGCUUCAAAAAUGUGGUGACUUUCAAUAUGGAUGAAUAUGUUGGGUUACCCGAGGAUCACCCUGAGUCAUACCACACCUUCAUGUUCCGAGAGUUCUUCUCUCAUGUUGAUAUUGAUCCCAAAAACGUCCAUAUUCUCGACGGAAAUGCUCCCGACCUCAUUAAAGAAUGUAAAGCAUACGAAGAGGCUAUUAAGAAGGCUGGCGGAAUUGAGCUCUUCUUGGGCGGAAUCGGAGAAGACGGUCAUAUUGCAUUCAACGAGCCAGGUUCUUCUUUGGCGUCUCGUACCCGGAUCAAGACUCUUGCAUACGAUACUAUUCUGGCCAAUUCUCGCUUCUUCGGGAAUGACCUAUCUAAGGUGCCGAGGAUGGCCCUAACUGUUGGUGUGGCUACUGUAUUGGAAUCUCGUGAAGUCGUGGUUGUUGUCACAGGACUUAGGAAAAGCUUGGCACUGAGCAAGGCGAUUGAGGAGGGUGUGAAUCAUUUGUGGACUUUGUCUGCUCUACAAAUGCACCCAUGGUCUUUGAUUGUCUGUGAUGAAGAUGCAACAGCUGAAUUGCAUGUCAAGACGGUCAAAUACUUCAAGUCCAUUGAGAUGGUACAACAAGAAGUAGAAAAGGCACAUGCCAAGGACGAGGCUCAAGGGGUUGGUAACAUGGACGCCCUCGGCCCGCUAGGACCCUCAGAACUAGCGCCAGGUCGACAUAUCGCGUGGAAUCAAUGCUGGAUAGCAUGCUUUCCGGAAACAUUGCACGAUUUGACGGUGGCUAUUUCAAGGUCUUUCAUUUCGACGGCCAAGAAAAAGGCUCGUAUAUUUGAUUUUGUGGAUAUUACCGCAACGGUCAAACUUCUCACAACCACUACCGAAAUCAUGAUGACUACUGACGUCGCGUUCGCCGUGGCUCAAUCAGAGGUUCGGUGA